AUGAGGGCGCGGGAAAUGCUGGAGGAAGUCACCGAUGUGCGCGGCAACCCCAACCCUGUGACGGUGGUGAAGUCGCCUGCUACGCUGGAAAAAACGAAGGCACACUACGGCUGCCCCGAGCUGCAGGGCAUGGAGCUGCUCAGGAUAAACGGUGGUGCUGUGCAGCCCUACUGGUCGCCGCGCAACGCGAAGGACGAGUUGAUGAGCUUUCUUGGUGGGUUCACCGCCGGCUACUACACCGCGCUGACGAUGGCGGCGUUUGAGGACCUCGGCUACUACAAGGCCGUGUGGGGGAUGGAGGAGCCGAUGGCGUGGGGCAACAACUCCGGCUGCGACCUCCUCAAGAGCCCGUGCUCUGCGGAAACGCCUGCCAAAUACCCCGGCAUGUUCUGCGAUAAGGGGACCGACGGCGAAACGCUUCGCUGCACGUCCAACCGUCAAUCCAUCGGGGUAUGUAAAAAGAGUAUUGCUGAAGGCAGCGGGGCCCCGAACGAAACGUGCCCGGUGUUUUGGGCGGAUCCGGGUCCAGAGGUUUUUUGCAGCGUGGAGGGAGAUAAAACCAUCCCCGGCUUCCUCCGCGGGAGAGGUUCGUGGUGCCUCGAUGCGGAAGCACUGAGGUUGAAGGGUUCUGCUGGGAAGGCCGAGUUGGGCCCCAUCGACCUCCGCGCGGUGUGUGCGGAGGUGCAGUGCGGGGAGGGCGGCACGGUGAAGGUGAAGUACCUCGGCGCCGCUGAGUAUGUGCCGUGCCCCGAGGGAAGUGCAAUCGAAUUGACGGCGUCGGAGCACUUCGAGGAGGGCGCGAAGAUCAAGUGCCCGAAGUACGAGGAGGUGUGCACGAUCGCCGCCAACGGCAGCAGCCUCGUCAUUCCGCGCGUGCUGGAGGGGGUGACGCCUCCGGUGCUUGAGCCGCCCCGUGCAGAGGCCUCUUCUGCAGCUGCGGGUGGCGAUUCCCCCGGAGGGGCGGCUGCGGCGGCCGGAGCAGCGGCGGCCCCCGAUGUGCCUGCGCCGCCCACCCCGACAGCCGCGGCGACCGUCAACGGCAGCGCAGUGCAGAAGAAACUUGAAGUGGCGGCGCAGCAACUCGGAAGCGACGCCAGUACGGCUGUUGGCUGCAGUCACUUAGCACUGCUCGUCGUGGCCGCCGCCGCCGCCGCAGUGGCGAUGCUGCUGCCUUGA